CGUCUCUAUAAAUAUAAACGUCUCGUCUCAUGAGUAAUGUAUAAAACUCUCGCAAACUCUCUAGCCGCCACCUACCCUUGGCCGCCUCCCUCCGCCGCACCCGGCACUGUUUUGUCAAGUCUAUUUCCCUAAGAAUCCGCAGAUUCUGUUGGCGUUAUCUGAUCGAUUCUCUGUUUUUAUUCUCAUAUAUCCUUUAAAAUCGCCCCUCCCCGUAUUUCCCUCUAUCUGAAUACAACAAAUCUCGUACUUUCGUCCAGAAAAGAAAAAAAAAAUCUCACUGUUGAUUUCGUUGUGAAAAAAAGAUGUCGGUAGCUUCCUCUAGCUCCGUUCUCCAGCUCCGAAACAAACAGUUGUUACCAACCCGAUCUCUGAAACCCCCCACCGCCGUCGUCGCCUCUCAAUUGGCCGUCGCGCCUGGCGUCGGUCGCAGAAGAGCAUGUACGGCGCGAUGCUCCGUGAAGAAACCGGCGGCUCCCGAGAGUCCUUUCAUGGGGACCCGGAUGCGGAGAUCCGGAUCCGAGACGCUCCAGUUCUGGAGAUCGGACGGUCCUGGAAGGUCUCCGAAGCUGAGAACGGUGGUUAGGUCGUCGUUUUCCGGUGUUCCGGAGAAGCCUCUCGGUCUCUACGAUCCUUCGUUCGAUAAGGACUCUUGUGGAGUCGGUUUCGUUGCGGAGUUAUCCGGCGAGACCAGCCGCAAAACGGUGACUGAUUCGUUGGAGAUGUUGAUUCGGAUGACUCACAGAGGCGCUUGUGGUUGUGAGAGCAACACUGGUGACGGCGCUGGGAUUCUCGUUGGUCUACCUCAUGAGUUUUAUGCAGAGGCUGCGAAAGAUCUAGGCUUUGUGCUUCCUCCCGCUGGGGAAUACGCUGUUGGUAUGUUCUUCUUGCCGACCGCUGAGUCCCGGAGAGAUGAAAGCAAAAAUGUUUUCACCAAGGUUGCUGAAUCACUUGGGCAUUCAGUUCUUGGAUGGAGACCAGUUCCUACUGAUAACUCUGGUUUGGGGAAGUCUGCUUUGCAGACUGAGCCGAUCAUCGAGCAAGUUUUCCUUACUCCUACGACUAAAUCUAAAGCCGACCUUGAGCAACAGAUGUACAUCCUUCGAAGGGUUUCCAUGGUUGCUAUCCGAGCAGCGUUGAACCUUGAACAUGGUGCGAUGAAGGAUUUCUACAUUUGUUCUUUAUCCUCUAGGACUGUUGUCUACAAAGGACAAUUGAAGCCUGAUCAGCUGAAGGACUAUUACUACGCGGAUCUUGGGAGUGAAAGCAUGGGAACCAACGGGGGUAACCAAGGAGAUGCGAGGUUGAGGAAUGACUUCUGAGGCAUUGAAGUUUGAAUGAUCUCUUAAGUUCCUCCAAACCCUUGAUAAGUUUUUUAAUUUUGGAUGCUGGUUCACUCUCGUUUCUCUACCAAUACAUUCCCCAGCUGGGAUCGUGCUCAGCCGAUGCGUGUAUUGGGCCACAAUGGGGAGAUUAAUACGCUCAGGGGAAACGUUAACUGGAUGAGGGCACGUGAGGGUCUGCUAAAGUGCAAAGAACUUGGAUUAUCAAAGAACGAGUUGAAGAAGCUUCUACCUAUUGUGGAUGUUAGCUCGUCUGACUCAGGUGCUUUUGAUGGUGUUCUUGAGCUCCUUGUCCGAGCUGGCAGAAGUCUUCCUGAAGCUGUUAUGAUGAUGAUCCCUGAAGCAUGGCAGAACGACAAAAACAUUGACCCAAGCAGGAAAUCAUUUUAUGAAUACCUAUCUGCCCUAAUGGAGCCUUGGGAUGGACCUGCUCUCAUAUCAUUUACUGACGGUCGCUACUUGGGUGCCACAUUGGACCGUAAUGGACUUCGCCCUGGAAGGUUCUACAUAACCCACAGUGGAAGGGUUAUCAUGGCUAGUGAAGUUGGGGUUGUGGACGUACCACCUGAAGAUGUUAUGAGGAAAGGAAGACUUAACCCAGGCAUGAUGCUUCUUGUCGAUUUUGAGAAGCAUAUUGUUGUUGAUGACGAUGCCUUGAAGCAACAGUAUUCACAGGCAAGACCCUAUGGUGAAUGGCUUGAAAGGCAAAAGAUUGACCUUAAAGACAUCAUUAAGUCAGUUCCGGAGACUGAACGGGUUGCUCCACCAAUUUCUGGGGUCGUACCGGCGUCUAAUGAUGAUGACUCAAUGGAGAGCAUGGGCAUUCAUGGUUUAUUGUCUCCACUAAAAGCCUUUGGCUAUACAGUUGAGGCCUUGGAAAUGCUGCUGCUUCCGAUGGCUAAAGAUGGCACUGAAGCACUUGGUUCUAUGGGAAAUGAUACCCCCCUAGCUGUAAUGUCAAGCAGAGAGAAACUAUGUUUUGAGUACUUCAAGCAAAUGUUUGCUCAAGUAACAAAUCCUCCAAUCGAUCCCAUUCGUGAGAAAAUUGUUACUUCAAUGGAGUGCAUGAUCGGUCCAGAAGGUGAUCUAACCGAAACAACUGAAGAGCAAUGUCACCGUCUCUCUUUAAAAGGUCCUCUUUUGACCAUAGAGGAGAUGGAAUCAAUCAAGAAAAUGAAUUACAGAGGCUGGAGGACUAAAGUCCUUGAUAUAACUUAUCAAAAAGAAGAAGGUACAAAAGGGUUGGAGAAGACCUUGGACCGAAUUUGUGCUGAAGCAAACGAAGCGAUAAAGGACGGCUACACACUACUGGUCUUGUCUGAUCGAGCUUUCUCUGCUACCCGCGUUGCUGUGAGCUCUCUCUUGGCUGUCGGUGCCGUUCAUCACCACCUGGUUAAGACACUUGCGCGCACUCAAGUUGGUUUGGUUGUGGAAUCUGCUGAACCUCGUGAAGUCCAUCAUUUCUGCACACUUGUCGGAUUCGGAGCAGAUGCGAUUUGCCCAUAUUUGGCUGUAGAGGCUGUCCAUAGACUGCAGGUUGAUGGCAAGAUACCUCCCAAAUCUAACGGGGAAUUCCAUUCCAAGGAAGAGCUGGUCAAGAAGUAUUACAAGGCAAGCAACUAUGGAAUGAUGAAGGUUCUUGCCAAAAUGGGAAUUUCUACCCUGGCCUCAUACAAGGGUGCUCAAAUAUUUGAAGCUCUUGGCCUUUCGUCUGAAGUAAUUGAGAAGUGUUUCGCGGGCACCCCAAGCAGAGUGGAAGGAGCAACAUUUGAGAUGCUUGCACGAGAUGCGCUCCUUUUGCAUGAGAUGGCUUUUCCAGCUCGUGGUUAUGCCCCUGGAAGUGCAGAAGCCUCAGCUCUUACAAACCCUGGGAACUAUCACUGGAGGAAAAAUGGGGAGAUUCAUCUCAAUGACCCCCUCGCAAUGGCAAAAUUGCAAGAGGCAGCACGGACUAACAGUGUGGCGGCCUACAAGGAAUACUCAAAGCGUAUCAACGAAUUGAACAAGCAAAGUAAUUUGCGUGGGCUCAUGAAGUUUAAAGAUGCAGAUGUAAAAAUUCCACUAGAUGAAGUGGAGCCUGCCAGUGAAAUUGUCAAGCGGUUCUGUACUGGUGCCAUGAGUUAUGGAUCAAUAUCACUGGAGGCGCAUCAGACUCUUGCGAUAGCCAUGAACAAGAUUGGAGGAAAGUCAAAUACAGGUGAGGGAGGGGAACUGCCAUCCCGUAUGGAGCCUCUUCCAGAUGGUUCAAGGAACCCCAAAAGAAGUUCCAUCAAACAGAUUGCUAGUGGAAGAUUUGGAGUUUCAAGCUACUAUCUUACUAAUGCUGAUGAGCUGCAAAUAAAGAUGGCCCAGGGUGCCAAACCUGGGGAAGGAGGGGAGCUACCUGGCCACAAGGUUAUAGGAGACAUCGCUAUCACUAGAAAUUCCACCGCUGGUGUGGGGCUUAUCAGUCCACCUCCUCAUCAUGAUAUCUACUCUAUCGAGGAUCUUGCCCAACUAAUUCACGAUCUUAAGAAUGCCAAUCCUGGGGCCCGUAUUAGUGUGAAACUUGUAUCGGAAGCUGGUGUUGGAGUUAUUGCUAGCGGUGUGGUGAAGGGCCACGCUGACCAUGUUCUGAUAGCAGGUCAUGAUGGAGGUACUGGUGCAUCUCGCUGGACCGGUAUUAAAAAUGCUGGUCUUCCGUGGGAACUGGGUCUAGCUGAGACACACCAAACUCUUGUUGCUAAUGACCUUCGUGGCCGCACUGUUCUUCAGACAGAUGGUCAGCUGAAAACUGGCAGAGAUGUUGCAGUUGCUGCGCUUCUUGGUGCGGAAGAGUUUGGUUUUAGUACUGCACCCCUUAUUACACUCGGGUGUAUCAUGAUGAGAAAAUGCCACAAGAACACCUGCCCUGUGGGAAUUGCCACUCAAGAUCCAGUUCUCCGUGAAAAGUUUGCUGGGGAGCCUGAACAUGUUAUUAACUUCUUCUUUAUGCUUGCCGAGGAAGUUAGGGAGAUCAUGUCUGGACUUGGUUUCCGAACUGUAACUGAGAUGAUUGGUCGCGCAGAUAUGCUUGAACUUGACAGGGAAGUUGUCAAGAACAACGAUAAGCUGGAGAACAUUGACCUAUCUCUUCUGCUCAGACCCGCUGCUGAGAUUCGUCCUGGGGCUGCUCAGUACUGUGUCCAGAAACAAGAUCACGGCUUAGACAUGGCUUUGGACCAGGAGUUGAUUGCAUUGUCUAAAUCUGCUCUAGAGAAAUCUCUUCCGGUGUACAUUGAAACUCCUAUCUGCAAUGUUAACCGUGCUGUUGGGACAAUGCUGAGCCAUGAAGUUACCAAACGCUACCACUUGGCUGGGCUACCAAAGGAUACAAUUCAUAUCAAGUUCGCAGGAAGUGCUGGGCAGAGUCUUGGAGCUUUCCUAUGUCCUGGAAUUACGCUAGAACUUGAGGGUGAUAGCAACGACUAUGUUGGUAAAGGGCUCUCCGGAGGUAAAGUGGUUGUGUACCCGCCUAAAGGAAGCAGCUUUGAUCCCAAAGAAAACAUUGUUAUUGGUAAUGUAGCACUUUACGGAGCCACUAGUGGUGAAGCCUACUUUAAUGGGAUGGCGGCUGAAAGAUUCUCUGUUCGUAAUUCUGGUGCCAAAGCUGUUGUCGAAGGUGUUGGUGAUCAUGGUUGUGAGUACAUGACCGGUGGUACUGUUGUGGUACUUGGAAAGACUGGUAGAAACUUUGCUGCUGGUAUGAGUGGUGGUAUUGCUUAUGUCCUUGAUGUUGAUGGAAAGUUCCACACAAGAUGCAACCUUGAACUGGUUGAUCUGGACAAAGUUGAAGAUGACGACGACAAAAUGACGCUCAAGAUGAUGAUUCAGCAACAUCAACGGCACACAAACAGCCAACUUGCUCAGGAAAUUCUUGCAGACUUUGAGAAUUUGCUGCCGAAGUUUGUCAAAGUUUUCCCAAGAGACUACAAACGUGUUUUGUCAGCCAUGAAACACGAAGAGGUCUCCAAGCAGGCGAUAGAACGUGCUUCUGAAGAAGCUGACGAGAUGGAAGAAAAGGAGCUCGAGGAGAAAGACGCCUUUGCGGAGCUGAAGAACAUGGCAGCUGCUUCUUCAAAAGAGGAGAUGUCAGGAAACGGUGUGGCAGCUGCUUCUUCAAAAGAGGAGAUGUCUGGAAACGGUGUUGCAGCUGAGGCUCCGAAGAAACCUUCUCUGGUAGAUAAUGCUGUCAAACAUCGUGGUUUCAUUGCUUAUGAACGUGAAGGAGUUAAGUACAGGGACCCCAAUGUUCGUCUUAAUGACUGGAACGAGGUCAUGGAGGAAUCAAAACCUGGGCCGCUCCUUAAAACUCAGUCUGCUCGUUGCAUGGACUGUGGAACUCCAUUCUGCCACCAGGAGAACUCUGGGUGUCCCCUUGGUAACAAGAUCCCUGAAUUUAAUGAACUUGUCUACCAAAACAGAUGGCAAGAAGCGUUGAACCGUCUACUUGAGACAAACAACUUUCCAGAAUUUACUGGCCGAGUAUGCCCUGCACCAUGUGAAGGUUCUUGUGUUCUUGGAAUUAUUGAGAACCCUGUUUCUAUCAAAAGCAUCGAAUGUGCUAUUAUUGAUAAGGCCUUUGAUGAAGGGUGGAUGGUACCAAGACCUCCUCUCAAGAGAACAGGGAAAAAGGUUGCGAUCAUCGGAAGUGGGCCAGCUGGACUAGCUGCUGCCGACCAGCUGAACAAAAUGGGCCACUCGGUAACCGUGUAUGAGCGUGCUGACAGAAUUGGUGGGCUUAUGAUGUAUGGAGUCCCAAACAUGAAGACUGACAAAAUUGACAUCGUUCAACGUCGGGUUGAUCUUAUGACCAAAGAAGGUAUCAACUUUGUGGUCAAUGCCAAUAUUGGAAAAGACCCGUCUUACUCCCUAGAUGGACUCAAGGAGGAGAAUGAUGCGAUUGUUCUUGCUGUUGGCUCCACAAAACCAAGAGAUCUUCCAGUGCCUGGUCGUGAUCUUUCUGGUGUUCACUUUGCCAUGGAGUUUCUUCAUGCAAACACCAAAAGCUUGCUUGAUAGCAAUCUUGAAGAUGGCAAUUACAUUUCUGCAAAGGGGAAAAAGGUUGUCGUCAUUGGUGGAGGUGAUACCGGCACAGAUUGCAUAGGAACAUCUAUCCGCCAUGGGUGCACCAACAUUGUAAACCUAGAGCUUCUUCCUCAGCCACCUUCCACAAGAGCUCCUGGAAACCCUUGGCCACAGUGGCCUCGUGUAUUCCGUAUUGACUACGGACAUCAAGAAGCCGCCACCAAAUUCGGAAAAGACCCAAGAACCUACGAGGUCUUAACCAAGCGGUUCAUAGGAGAUGACAAUGGAAACGUGAAGGGGCUUGAAAUUGUGCGGUUGAGUUGGGAGAAGGAUGAAUCCGGUAGGUUCCAAUUCAAGGAGAUCGAAGGCUCCGAGGAAAUAAUUGAAGCAGACCUUGUUUUCUUGGCCAUGGGAUUCCUUGGACCCGAGCCUACACUCGCCGAGAAGCUAGGACUCGAAUGCGACAACAGGUCAAACUUCAAAGCAGAGUAUGGCCGAUUCUCCACGACAGUGGAAGGUGUAUUCGCAGCAGGUGAUUGCCGGAGAGGCCAGUCUUUGGUGGUGUGGGCCAUAUCAGAAGGACGUCAAGCUGCAUCUCAGGUUGACAAAUUCCUCAGCAAAACCGAGGAAGACCAAGUAGAUGCCAAGCUUCAACAAAGCCUCAACCAGAUGAAGCACUAGGAAGAGGUGAAGAGAAAGAAAAGCCUCACAUCUGAAGCAAAAGUCGAGUGAGAAGCCUUUUGCUCUUUUUGAAACAGGAGGCGAGAAGGACCUGACUUAUUUGCAGAGAUGGAGUAUAAGAGUUGCUCUGAGGAAACAAAUAUUGGAGGUGGAAGAGAAGAGAAGGGAAAGCUUAGGUUGUUUAUUAUCCCGUUCAUAUAAGUAAUAAUGAAUUUGAAAGUACAUUUUCUUGGUAAAGUUUCGUUAGCUUUUUUUUUGUUAAUGCUUUCGGAAUUGAAGGCCUUUCUGUUUUUAUUUAUUAAUCUAUGGCUGCUUCUGGAUUUGAAUUUUAAAGGAAUGGUAAUGCAUAGUUCCUGGCUCUUUGUCUUUUUUUCCUUCCUGGUGGAAAGUAUAAGAAGUAAGAAAUUGAACAUUGGUGAGAAAUCAUAAACAUUUACAUCAUAAAUUCAUAGUGUUGUGAUUAUAAGUGUGAAACUGUUCUCAAAAUACACUAUUAGCGUCGUCAUUGUAGAAUCUGUAGAAUGUUGACAAAACAAAAAAAGUGAAACUUUAUAGCCAAACAGAUUAAGGUUGUGUUGGGCACCGUUUAAUCUGAUGUGUGAUUCCUCUGUCGUCUCUUCUUAAAGCCCAGAAGUCAUAUAAAAAAAGGAACGAAUUGUUGAGUGAAGCGGUGAAAACAAGAAAAGAAAAAAAAAGCUGGUUCCUUUUUGUUUCUGGAGAUGCGUUCUUGUGACCCUUUAUUGAAAUUUAGGGUUUAUACACUCAGAUUUCGGGUUUGGUGUGUUUGAAUCUCGGUGCUUUUUGACUUUUUGGGGAGUUUUUUUUUUUUUGGGUCGAUUUUGAGAAAUGGGUGAUUGGUAUCAGCUUGCUCAGUCUGCUAUAUUGGGUUUGAUCUUCGCUUACCUUUUGGCUAAGCUAAUCUCUAUCCUCGUCGCGUUUAAAGACGAGAAUCUCUCCCUCACUCGCAACCACGAUACCGAAUCGGAGGACGACUAUCGCCGGGUCGAAUCAUCUUCAACCGGAAUUGGCGGCGAGACGGAAUCCCUCGUGGCGGAGCAAGGUAGCUUGAGAGGUGACGAAGAUGAUGACGACGAGGACGAUGAAGACGACGAUUGGGAAGGUGUGGAGAGCACAGAGCUCGACGAGGCAUUCAGUGCCGCGACGGCCUUUGUGGCUGCCGCCGCAUCGGACCGGCUUUCCCAGAAAGUAUCAAACGAUUUGCAGCUUCAGCUUUACGGCUUCUACAAGAUUGCUACUGAAGGACCUUGUACUGCUCCACAACCAUCAGCUCUCAAAAUGACUGCUCGUGCCAAAUGGCAAGCAUGGCAGAAACUGGGUGCUAUGCCUCCUGAGGAAGCAAUGGAGAAGUAUAUCGAUCUCGUUACUCAGCUGUACCCAGCUUGGGUAGAAGGUGGCUCGAAAGGAAGAAGUCGUAGUGGUGAUGCUGCAGGCUCAAACUCAAGAGCAGCCAUGGGACCUGUGUUUAGCUCAUUGGUGUACGAAGAGGGAUCCGAUAAUGAGUUGAAGCUUGAUGCAAUUCACGCCUUUGCUAGAGAAGGAGAAGUGGAGAAUCUACUCCAAUGCAUAGACAAUGGCAUACCUGUAAAUGCAAGAGACAGUGAAGGUCGAACACCGCUGCAUUGGGCUAUAGACCGUGGCCACCUGAAUGUUGCUAAAGCUCUGGUUGAUAAGAACGCUGAUGUUAAUGCCAAAGACAACGAAGGCCAAACCUCACUACACUACGCGGUUGUGUGCGAAAGAGAAGCUCUCGCCGAGUUUCUUGUAAAGCAAAAAGCUAGUACAACCAUUAAAGAUGAAGAUGGAAACUCGCCUCUUGAUCUUUGUGAAUCAGAAUGGUCUUUCAUGCGAGAGAAGAGGGAUUCAAAUUAGUGUUUUUCAAUCUCUGAAUCAAAAAUGUCUCAAAAUUGUGUUUUUUUAAAAAAAACAGAUGCUUUUCAUUUACCUGUUCUUUAUUUCUGUUUGAGAAAGAAGAAACGUUGGUUAGUUUUCCAAUUCUAU